AUGACAAUUCUCGACGACUCACACCCGGAGACCCAGCACAAGUGGUGGAAAGAGGCCGCGGUCUACCAGAUCUACCCUGCAAGCUUCAAGGACUCCAACGGCGACGGAUGGGGCGACCUGGCCGGAAUCACGUCCAAGCUGGACUACAUCAAAGGUCUGGGUGUCGACGUGAUCUGGAUCUGUCCCUUCUACGACUCCCCGCAACAGGACAUGGGCUAUGAUAUCGCGGACUACGAAAAGGUGUGGCCCCGCUACGGCACCAACGCGGACUGUUUCGAGCUCAUCUCCAAGGCACAUGCCUUGGGCAUCAAGGUCGUGGUUGAUCUCGUGAUCAACCACUGCUCGGCCGAUCACGUGUGGUUCCAGGAGAGCCGUUCGUCCCAAACGAGCCCCAAGCGGGACUGGUUCAUCUGGCGUCCUCCCAAGGGGUAUGACGCCGCGGGCAAACCCAUACCUCCGAACAAUUGGCGGUCGUUCUUCGGCGGCUCUGCAUGGGAGUUCGAUGACCACACGCAGGAGUUCUAUUUGCGCCUGUUUGCGUCACGGCAGCCGGACUUCAACUGGGAACUCAAAGAGGUGCGUGACGCCAUCUACGAGACGGCGGUCGGGUUUUGGAUCGACCACGGGGUUGAUGGGUUUAGAAUCGACGUCGCCAGCAUGUACUCCAAAGUGGCAGGUCUCCCCGACGCUCCCGUCGAGGAGCCCGGCAAUCCGUUCCAGAACGGCGGCGCUUAUUUCAUCAAUGGGCCCCGGAUCCACGAGUUCCACAAGGAAAUGCACAAAUACAUGGUUUCGCGCGUCUCAGACGGUCGCGAGCUCUUGACAGUGGGCGAAAUCGGGUUCGGAGACGAGCGAAACUUCAAGGAGUACACGAGCGCCAAAGAGCGCGAAAUCGGGAUGCUUUUCAAUUUUAAGCACGUCAGCGUCGGCGAGGGCGAGUUCAAGUACAACCUGCACCCUUAUUCUUUGAAAGAUUUCAAGCUGGCCGUCGCGGAAAGCUUUUUGUUCGUGAACAAGACCGACUGCUGGUCAACGAUCUACAUCGAAAACCACGACCAGCCCCGCAGCGUGACCCGGUUCGGCGACGACAGCCCCGAAUGGCGCACUGUGUCUGCCAAGCUUCUGGCGCUGCUUGAGAUCUCGCUCACGGGAACGCUUUUCGUGUACCAGGGCCAGGAACUGGGCCAGAUCAACUUCAAGAGCACAGAUCCCAAAGAUUACGAAGACAUCGAGGUGCAGGGCAAUUACGAGAUGGUCAAGAAAGAGUUUGGCGAAAACUCGCCCCAGAUGAAAAAAUUCAAGCAGGCCUUGCCCGUGAUCUCGCGUGACCACGCCAGAACGCCGUUCGCUUGGACCCGUGACGCUCCCCACGCGGGUUUCACCACGGCGGACACGCCGUGGUUUGGACUAAAUUCAACUUUUAAAGACGGGAUAAACGCUCAGGACGAAUUGAAUGACCCAAACUCCGUUGUCCAUUUCUGGAAGAAGGCUCUGCAGGUGCGCAAGCAGCACAAGGACAUCUUAGUCUACGGGUACGACUUUGAGUUUUCCGACCUGGACCACGACCAGCUUUUCGCCUUCACGAAAAAAUCCGACGGCAAGACCCUGUUCGUGGCUUUGAAUUUCAGCGGCCACGAUUUGAAGUUUAACGUUCCACACUCGGCUUCCCAAUACACGCCAAUUUUUGGCAACUACGGCUCAAUUCCGGAGCCAUCCGUUCCUCUCAGACCUUGGGAAGGGAGACUGUACUACGUCGAAUAA